GCCGAAGGGAGCCCGACUCCAACCUCCAGAGGCCGGAGAGCUCAGGAGACUCGAGGGAGAUUGUGGAAGCCCCAAGCGAAGGAAGGCAGCGUUUAAAUUACUCCGUACAGGGGAGAAAUUGAGCCCUGUAGUCAUCCUUUGCCAACUUAUUUACAAGUGUAUAACCAGCUAUGGAUUCACCUGUUCCAAGCGUUGCUGAAGUUCAUGGAAUACUGCUAGCUUUGCAAAAGAAUUUGGAAUGUCCAAUCUGCCUGGAGGUGAUGAAAGAGCCAGUUUCAACAAAUUGUGCUCAUAUCUUUUGCAGGUUCUGUGUUUUUAAACUGCUUAGACAGAAGAAAGGUGUAACACAGUGUCCACUUUGCAAUGCCAAAGUCACUAAAAGAAGUCUAAAGGAAGAUGUCCGUUUUAAGGAAGUAAUCAAAGGGGUUCUAGAAACCAUCCAUGCUUUCGAGUACGAUACUGGGCUGAAGUUUUCAGAUGAACUAUGUUACCCCAAGAAAGGGAUAGAAACUGUUUCUGCUUCAUCCCCAUGGAAGGAACAACUGAUAGUUAACAGUAAGGGCUAUAGAGACAGAUGGAAAUGUAUGAAGAAAGAAGAAAAGAGAAAUACUGACUCGGGUGAUGGCUCCAUCUUGCCACAGUACAAUGGAACUGAAACAAGAUACUCCCUCAGAAAGAAAAAAAAUUCUAGUAAAAUUGUGGUAUUUGAAAUUGGAUCAGGCUCAUCUGAAGAUAUCUUUCAGAAGGGGAGUACAGUCAGAUGUAUGGAUUUUGGAAGUACUUCCCUGUCUCAAGUUGAUGAAGGCUGUAUUGGGAAUCAAAGCCAAAGUCCUUGUUAUAUAGAGCAUCCUGAGCCAAGUGCUAACAAUGGACCAUCCUUAAAUAUCCUAGAUAUGUGUGAAGACUUAGAAGGAAGAAAACUAGGAGGCACAAAUGAUACCCAAACUGUCACUGAAAAUUUGGAAAUUGUUGAGGAAAAUAUGACUGUCAAAAAGAAACAGGAUAUACCUUUUCUGGAUACCUGUAUGGAACAAUCUAACAUGGAUCAUGGUUUUAGUUACAUACAGGAUCAUAGUUCUUCCUCAUUAUGCAGGAUAGCACAAGUACAAUUGGUUGGUGAAACCAUGAAGAUGACUACAAAUGAACAGACAGAUGAUGAUGCAGAAAAAACUGGCAUUGUCCAGUCUGCUGGAAAUACACCAAUUGUAUGUGAAAAUAAGGAACAGCAGCUACAAUCCCAGACUAUGCCUGACAGUCCUCUGAGUGAAAGAUCUGGAAAGAAACUGAUGCAGAGCAUUAAGAAAGUCAAUGAGUGGUUUUCUAAAAGCAAGGAAAUCCUUUCUUCUAGUUCACUGCUGGAUGUUUGCAGUGAAGAGCUUGAUCAGGAUGCAGAUCCAGAUAUGUCAGAUGCUGACUCUUGUAUCUCCCAGAAGACAGAACAGAUGGAAAAUCAAGGGGAAUUCACAAACAUGGGUGGAGAUGAAAGGCCUUUGUCCAAACUAGCUGCCUCUAAAAUUGUUGACAAAAUAUUUGGAAGAACAUAUAAGAGGGAACGCAAAGUGACCCCCCCUAGAAAUGACAAUGGAACAAUCCAGAUCCAAGCAGAGGAAAUCACUGCUUUGAACACACAUUCCUGUAAUACAUCCAUGAGAAAGAUAUUCACACGAAAGAGAAAGGCUACAUCAGAUGUUACACCCAAGGAUUUCAACAAGAGACAGAAUGUUAAAGCAAGCAAUAAGAAAUCAGUUGAGGAAAAAGAAGACCCGGGUUUGGAAAACAGUGACCAAGCCUUUGAUAUUGUUGAUAAAUCCCCAGCAGAACAAACAGAAGCUGAUUUUUCAGUAACACUCUGUGUUGAGGAAGGAGUAUCCAUAUUGAAAGCAGAUGGAGGUAAACAAGCUCAAAGUGAAUGCCACACAUUGCCGGAAUUAAACCUUACAAAUAUGAAGAACAAAAGUAAUUUGAACAAGAGAAGCAAAGAAUUAAUGAAACCACUUGGCAAAUUGCAGGUGUUGAGGAAUAGAAGCCCUAUGCUGUCUGAGAAGACCAAGACAGAUCUAGAUAGUAAGGAGCUGAAAGAAGUGAGUCCAGGCCAGAUGCAAGUUAGAUGGAGCAGGAGGCUUCAGUUGCUCACAGGAGAAACCAGGAGACAAAGUGAGCCAACCAAGAGAAAAAGAAAUGUGGAUGAAAGAGAGCAGAAACAACCUUUUUCUUUUUCAGGAAGGAUGCCAUCUUCCUCUGUGGCAGAAGAUGACUCUUAUGUGCUGCAGGACAAUCUGCAGAAGGCGAAGUCUUGGUCAGAUGCAAGCAUGAUUGAUAAGCUGUACCUAUGUGAUACAGAUAUGACUUAUGCUAACCAUGAAAACUCUUCUCAUGUGAUUGGAACUGUAAAAGAUAUUCUGAAUACUGAACAGACUGUAGACAGCCAUAGUGCAGAUUCCCAAGGCAGAAGCUCACUCUUGCAGAUUCAUCCUGGAGAGGUAGAACAAGCAGCUUCCAAAGAUGAGCAGUUCGUAGUUGUGGGUCAACCUGAGAAACAUGCAGUGUGUUCUCAAAUAAUACAGGGUGAUGGGAUUUGCACAGAUAAGUCCCCUGAAACCAAUAGUAAAGCUAUAGGGACUUGGGAAUUGAAUCCAGAAACUGAUGAUAGUGAAAUAGAUACAGGCUUCAUGCAGAAUAUAUUUGGCUGCUGCAAACGCCAGUCAUUCUUGCUACAUCCAAGUCAAGUAAAGAAAUUGGCUAUGAAUAGUAUAUAUUUGCAAGAGCUGAGCCCUGACAAAGUAAAAGAUGAUAAAGAUGGAACACAUGAAGAGAAAUGUGAUGUUGUUUCCUGUGAGGUGAAUAAAAGUAUUUCUGUCCAAACACCAAUGUCUUGUACCCCCAGUUUUUCUGAACAUAAGAAUAGAACUGAGUACCUCCAGCUUGCCUCGCCAGUUCCAUUUCUUGAUUGUCCAUCCAUAUCUGUGCAAUUAGUUGCCAGAAAUGGAGAAGGUGGAAGUCAACCAGAAAGUAAAGAACCAAUAGGUGAAGAAAGACAGUCUCCAGGGUUAGAGAGAGAAACUGAAAGUCCAGAUGAUAGCAAUGGAAGUCUGAAUGUCUGGAAAAACAGCAAUUUGCAUGAUACAAGUUUAAGCCAUAUUAAUGGGAGAAGUUCUAGUUCAGUCCAGUUUCAAAAAGCAGAAUCCAAAGGUACUGAAAACAAAAGAUUGGAACUGAGUCCUCAGACAGAAUUAAUGCAGCAACAUUCUUUAACUUGUCUGCCACUAUUACCUGGAUUCAUCCAUGCUGAAAAGAAAAAGAACCUCAUGGAAGAAAAGCAACUGAACAGUGGCACAGAAGAAGCUGUUGAUAUUUCUAGCACUGGUGGGGUUAAGAGCUUGAUUCCUAGACCGAACUUAGAAUUUUGUACUGAGGAGGAGCACCAUCACUCUGAACUGUUGUCAGAGACACCAGACAACUUGCUGGACCCAUCCACCAAAAAUAAAGAGGGUUCACCAAACCUUUGGGAUAUAAGUGACAUCUCAGCCAUGCCUGCUAAAACAGACAAGCAAACCACUAAUGGGACAGACCUGGAUAGCAGAAACAAAUGCAGUUUCAUAUUGAAGAGACAGGACUUUGUUUUUACUCGCCGCAAAUUGCUACAGAAGCUGCCAUCCUCAGAAGAGGAGGAUUCCAGUGGAGAUGAAAAACUGCCUUGCUUUCAGGCAUUAAUAAAUAUGCAAAGCACACUAGCACAAUCAGUGAAAGAGAAGGAGACACCAGCAGAGAUGCUAGCAUCAAAGAGCAGCAGCAGAAGUUGUCUCAUACACAAAGAGGAGGUUAUCUGCCCAAGCCAGGAAUCAGAGUGCUCUGUGAAUUUGUUUUCCUCCCAGUCAAAUGUAUCUGUGGACUCUGGCAAACCUUGUAAUUCAAGGGAUAUAAUCCCGGUCUCUAAUUCCAGAGAGAAUUUGCCCAGUCUCAGUGGGAAUAAGAAAGACAGUUCACCCAGUGAUGAAGUCCCUAGUGAUACUAGGCAACUGAAAUAUGGGCAAGAAGAAUGUGCACAUUCAGAAUCCAAUUUAGGUGAAGAAACUAUGUCCUAUGCCAGUGAAGCAAGCCAUCUGGAAGAUUCAUUAGGUCUACUCUCCCAGAGUGAAAUUCUCACCACACAGCAAAGGGAUGCUAUGCAAAAUAACUUAAAGAAACUGCAGCAGAAGAUGGCUAUCAUUGAGGCUGUCCUCAAACAGGGAACCCAGAGUCUUGGCCCUGAAGGAUGGCCACAGGAAGGGGAGGAAACUGAUUUCAACAGAGAACAGACAGGAGCAAGAAAGGGAAUGCACACCAUAUGGGAAGAAUCAGUCUCUCCCUUGGCACAUACCACCUACUACAGCACAAGGAAAAGGAAUAGAAAGAGUCCACUUCUGACUGGGGCAAAAAAAAUGUCUCUGGUGGCAUCUGGUCUAAACCAGAGUGAAUUGCGACUAGUACUUAGAUUUGCCAAGAAAACUGAGAGCACUUGGUCUGAUAAAACUACUGAAGAAACAACCCAUGUAAUAAUGAAAACAGAUGAGGAUCUGGUCUGUGAGAGAACCCUGAAAUAUUUUAUAGGUAUUGCUGCACAGAAAUGGGUGUUGAGCUACCAAUGGAUUAUACAGUCACUCAAAACAGGAAGAGUUCUUAAAGAGGAGGAUUUUGAAGUGAGAGGAGAUGUAAUCAAUGGGAGAAACCAUCAAGGGCCCAAAAGAGCAAGAGAAUCACCUGCUAGAAAGCUUUUCCAAGGAUUGGAGAUUUGCUGUUAUGGGCCAUUCACUGACAUGCUUCCAGAACAACUCCAGUGGAUUGUAGAGCUUUGUGGUGCCUCCCUUGUGAAGCAACCUCACUUAUUUACACAUCCAACAAACUCCACUGCUGUGAUAGUUGUUCAGCCUGAUGCAUGGAAGGAAGAAAGUACCUGCCAAGAGCUCCCACUGCAGUGCAGCGCUGCUGUAGUUUCACGUGAGUGGGUGCUGGACAGUGUUGCCUGCUAUCAGCGCCAAUCAUUCGAUGAAUACAUCAUUCAACAGGUGUGAUGAGAUUGGUUCUUGGAAUUAUACUUGAACAUUUUUUGAGUUUUCUUUUUCUUUUUUAACAAAGAAUAUGACAUCACUUGCAAAAUAAAUAUUGCAGUUGGCCUAAAAAUGCCCUGCCUCUCACCAAAGGCAGAAUUAAAACUGCUAAAUGUCAAUUUUCAACACAGUUACUGCAGUGAGCUAAGAAGUAAUGUGUUCUUCUAUAUUGAUGCAGAUUAUUUACCAACCCAUUGCUGCCUUGUUUGGAAAGUUUUUCUGUCUUCAUGAUGUCUUCAAAAUGUAGUCAUUUGCAAGAGUUAGACAGAACAAAGAGUUUCAAUUAAUUCAGCUGGAUAGCAAAAGUUUUUCUGCUUCUUUCAUGGGAGAGUGUUCAAAGAGGCAGUUAUGCUGGGUCAUUGGCGUAGCAUCCUAAGCAGAAGCACAAGCAGAUUGGGGAUGGCCCAAGAGACCACUGCAAGGGACCUUAGAGUCAUAAAGAGGCAUGUGCUGAAUCAAACAUUUGUGUUUGAUAAUGAACCACUCAGAAAUGAAAUCUAUUAGAAAUUGUCUUUCUAGCAAGUUAAUAGCAAACUUGACUUGAUCAUUACCAACAUAACUCUAAUGAGCAUGGUUGUCCUUGAAAUUGUAUAGUUUUUCUAUACAAUAAUGAAACUUGAACAGAAAAAUGUGUGUUAACAAUCCCACUUCUCCAGCUUGCUUGACAGCAGAUGGUAAAGGCUGAAGGGGGAGAAGGUCAUUGUCCCCUUUCAUUCCUCUACCCAUUACGGGAAAUUAACUGGAUAGGUGCAGAAGAAGCAGAUAGCAUCAGUGUCUUCAGCAAGGACUCCCUCACUGGUUUCUCAUUUGUUCUAACAGUAAACUUGGGUUUUCUCACAAGCAUAUUUUACUCCAUGUGCAUGUGGGCACAAGUUUUAAGUUUUAUGUUCACUUCUUACUGACCUGUUUGUAUAUGAUUGUUCUCUCUGUGUCUCUCAGAUUCUCUGGAUGUGGCAAGUUUUCUGUUAAUUAAUGUAAUUUGUUUUCUGCAAGCAGAGAGGUUUACCUGAGACCCUAACUCUAAGCCCAUGGAGCCACUGACACUUUUAACCUGCUCUCUUUGGCUAUGUUUCUACUCCAUUGGCUAUUCCAAUGUGAUAUUUCUAUUCUUUAGGGAGGGAAGGCAGAGCAUUUUAUUAUAAGUACCUCUCUUAUAUAUAUAAGAAAUACAUAUAGUAAGGCUGCAAUACUUAAGACAUGAGUUAAGACUAAUUUUUUUUACUAAAAGGUAUCAAAUAUUAAUUCAGCAACAGAUUUUUAAAAAUAAUGCAAGGGUUUAUAAUAGCAAGUAAUAUGCAUUGUCUUGCUCUGAGGGUACAAAUGCUAUGAGUAGCAUGGGAGGCAGAGGGUGAUGAUGAAAACCAGAGUCAGUGAGAAGGGCAGUCAAGUAUGGUAUCUGUAGGCAGAUGCAGCCAGCCAAAUACAGGCCCAACACUCAGGAGAAACAAGAGUCAGUGCUGUGCACCAGAAAACUGAUUGCCAAGAGUCCCAGCUCCAAAUGAUUGGUCUUUUACCCUUUUUGGUCCCACUGUUCCCAGGCACCAUCUUCCAUGAUUGAAUAGUAAGGAUCUUUUAGCCUAAACGGGAUUACAGCUUUCACUGGUUUCCCACCUGCACUAAUAAGCGAGCUUUGGGAAGUGGAGAAGUGUCCAGCGUGGUGGGUUGUGGUUUCUUCAGUGGAGUUUCAACCCCAGGGACAAUCUCUAAUUUAUAUGUUUAUUCUCUUUAUCUAUUGCUUGUCAUACCGCUCAUCUCCAGGUGAUAUGCAAAAUGAACAUAGUUUUUGUACAGUUCAAAUAGAGCUUAAAGUAAUAACUGAAAUAUUAAAAUAUGUAAACCAAAUAAAAGACUAGCACUAAGUGGCAGAAGACUGCCACCAUGAAAUGUA